CCCCUCAGAAGGCGGAGCGUCACUCCCGUUUGUAAACGAGCUUUCCCUGUGGACCUUGCUGUGUAGGCUAUAAUGACGGAAAGUUAACAUCAACUUGGGAAUUACGAUCAUGUGUGCAUUGCUAACUUUGAGGAGGAUACAUCUAGAAGUAAAGUUGAUAUUCAGAACAGGAAGUAGAAUGCAUUGCCAUCAGUCAUAGCGGUCACAAGUUUACUUCAAUUUGAAGUGGAAAUCAUAAACAUCCUUUGGCUCUGUUAUCCAGGCGACUACGGUGUGCCCCAGGUAACUGUGGGUGAUCUUCUGUGACUGUAGUGAUGGCGCCCCGUAUGGAUGAUGUCAUGCGCCUGUGCAGUGACCUGUCUGCCAACCGCCAGAUCAAGGUGGCAGUGAAGAGCUCUGCCAAGGGAGCAGUGGUGGCCGGAGGAACUGCAUUCCUUGGAGGUCUCGUUGGUGGGCCCCCAGGGAUUGCUGUGGGUGGUGCAGUGGGGGGCAUGCUGGGAUGCUGGCUGACCAGCGGUCAAUUCCGACCCCUCCCUGAGAUCCUGAACGAGCUGCCCCCCCCUCAGAAGCAGAAGCUUUACACCGACAUCAUGGCUGUCCUCGGCUCGCUCGACUGGACAGACGUAGCACAGCUCGUUGCCUUGGUGAUGGGGAAUGCCACGCUCCAACAGCAGGUGACGGCUGCACUGCUUAGCUACGUUACCAAGGAACUGCGGGGGGAGGUGCGCUAUGGAGACUGACGCCUGUUGGAUGAGCCAAAAUACAACUUCCAGAAAAGACAUACAAUGUCUGUAUGAAGGGACAGAACUGACAUUCUUUUGUGUUUUAGUGGUGGUGGGGGGAAACAGGGUUGCUAUGAGAUGAGCAGGGACUUUAAACAGUUACACAACCGUAUGGUUCCAUCUUGCAAUGAGUAAACAGGAACUUUUCCUACGUACUAUUUCUUGUAGAGAGUUAUAGUAAUCAUGCUUCUGCUUCACUAUACUUGACCAUAUAUGUAAUAAAGAGACUUGGACAAGUUUCAGUGGUACCGAAGCGGCCUUCUAUCCAAGUGAUGUGUCAACUUACACAAUUCCUUCCAAUUGAAACUUCCAACACAGAGCUUUCUUCAACACUUACAGUUUUUUACAGUCGCUAGGACACAUUUCUCAAUACUUUCACCUUUCACCUUUUCAAAACUCUUCACACAGUUCUCCUAACCAACUUUCAGCUCGGCACAGUAGUUAAUUUCACAUUCAAAAUGCACUAAAACUACCAAAUCACUUCGUACAUGUCUGAAGUUAUUGUUUUGAACUGAAGUGUAACAGUUUUGAAAACAGUAUGUUAGCAUGUGCAAAUUGGCCUGUAGGUACAUAGAGUUUUGGCAGUUGUUGUGUCGAAGUGAGAAAAGAAUGAAUGUAAUUUGAAAGAUGUAGUCAUUGAAUGCAUUUUGUGCCAAAAAAUGAUAAAUGAUCCACAGUUUAGCCCACAUAUACUUCUGUUGUGCUCACUGUGUGAAUAGUUUUGAAAACGUGACUUAAGUAUUGAGAAAUGUGUCCUAGCGACUGUAAAAAACUGUAAUAAAGUGUUGAAGAAAGGUUACCACAGAAUGUAGAAGCGGGCAUUUUAUUAAAUGAAUCAAUCUGAAGAUUUAUUAAAGAGAUAAUUGCAGACAGUGUGUGAUUUAGUGUCUUGCAUGCACUGCAUGUGUAUGAACAAAUCACUAUUGAUAUUGUAGAACUCAUGCAGUGAAUGUGUGGGGGGAAAAAACUUGCAAACUUGAUACCAGCAUUUGUUAAGCCCUUUGUAUAAUCAUGAUACAAGUUGAUGAAAUAAAGUUUACAGGUGUCAAUUAUGAAA